AAUGUGGACAUCUAUAUUGUAGACAGCGGUAUUCGGCCUACCCACAUUGAUUUUCAUGGUCGUGUAUCCUGUGGUCUCAAUUUGGUCCCCGACGAAACUUGCGAAGACCUUCACGGCCACGGCACGCAUGUGGCUGGCAUAGCUGCGGGACAGACCCAUGGUGUGGCCAAAGAGGCCAACUUGAUCAGCGUCAAGGUUUUCAAUCGACACGGUGUGGCUCUCAUCUCGCAAUUGCUGGGAGCCGUCGAGUUUGUUAUCCGUUCCCGGUCCUUACGCGGUAACGGCACGGCCGUGGUCAAUCUUAGUGUCGGAACGGCCAAGUCUUGGUCACUCAAUUGGGCCAUCGAAAAGGCAUCGAAGGAGGGUCUUGUUUUCGUGGUCGGUGGGGGUAACAAUGGUGGCAACGCAUGCUCCUAUUCUCCAAGCUCUGCUGAAGCAGCAAUCACGGUAGGGGCUACGACCAUUGCAGACAAUAGAGCGAGCUUCUCCAAUAUUGGUCCCUGUCUGGAUAUUUUUGCCCCUGGUGAGACAAUCUUAUCCGCCAGCCACACAAGCGAUACGGCCACUGCCACGAAGUCGGGCACUUCCAUGGCCACGGCGUUUGUGAGCGGUGCUGCCGCCUUGUACAUUGAGCAGAAUAGGUCGCUCAACGCUUUCGAAAUCAAAAGUUCGAUUCUCGAAAGUACAGUUCCCGGGAUAGUUCGAGACCUACCCGAGUUUUUAGCGACACCCAACCGUCUA